AACAAAUGUCAAAUUCCCAGUCCUAGUCAGCCUGCGAUGCGACGCCGAUGGCGCGAACGGCUGACUUAAUCCUGACAGACUGAGAAUGGGCCCUAGCAGCUCACCCUCUUCGCCCAGUGUCCUAGCAAGGCUGCCCUCGACUGCUGCAGCAUGGCCGACCACAAGUACGAGCAUCUUCUCCCGCCAAGCUGGAAGCCCCAAGUGACCGCUUGGCUCGCGGAAGACACGCCCUCCUUCGACUACGGCGGCUAUGUGGUGGGCGAGGAUCAGCGCGAGGCCUUCCUCUUCGGCAAGGGCAAGCAGAUCGCGGUCCUCGCCGGUGCGCCGUUCUUCACUGAAGUGUUCGCGCAGGUCGGCUGCCAGGUGGAAUGGCACAUGCAGGAGGGCGAGACGUUCCAUCCCGUCAAGCACGUCGCCACAGUCCGGGGGAAGGCCCGGCAUAUUCUCCUCGGCGAGCGCGUCGCGCUGAACAUGCUCGCCCGGUGCAGCGGGAUCGCCACCCAAUCGAAGCGCGUGCUGGACCUCGCGCGGGGGUACGGAUACAAGGGCAUCAUCGCGGGGACGCGCAAGACGACGCCCGGCUUCCGGCUCGUGGAGAAGUACGGCAUGCUCGUGGGCGGGAUUGAUCCCCACCGCCAUGACCUGUCCAGCAUGAUCAUGCUCAAGGACAACCACAUCUGGUCGUCAGGCUCGAUCACGGCAGCGGUUCAAGCCGCGCGCAAGGUCGGCGGCUUCAGCUUGCUUCUCGAGGUGGAAGUUGGCUCGGAGGGGGAGGCUGACGAGGCUAUCGACGCGGGUGCUGACAUCAUCAUGCUGGACAACAUAGAGGGACGGCAACUCGUCGCCGUCGCGAAAAAGCUAAAAGAGAAGUGGGCGGGGAAGCGCAACUUCCUGUUUGAGAGCAGCGGGAAUAUCACAGAGGCGAAUCUGCAAGAGAGAGCGGUCAACGACAUCGACAUCCUCAGCACCAGCAGUGUCCACCAAUCCGUGCAGCAUAUCGAUUUCAGCCUGAAGAUUCAAAUGCCGAAGGGCGGAGAAGCCACAGCAGUGUAGACAUCAAUAGAUUGUAGAGUACUUGUUUAUGCUUCUAGAUAU